GUAACGGAGCAACAGAAGAUGCUUAACAAAAUCAUAAUUAAUGUUGCUACAAAAGAUUAUACAAUGUCCAUGGAGGAAUUUCUUAAAAGAGAGCCUGAGCCUGUUGCUCCACAACUGCCUUAUACUAUGAACAGUGAACAGAAACAAAUUAGAAAUAAUUAUCUCUUUAUGAAGAAGUGUGUUGAAAGUAAUCCAGUGGUACCUAUUCAGCAGGAGUGGUUACUCUCCAUGCUUACAUUGGUACCACAGUCUCUCAUGGAGGGCAAGGAUAGAGAGAAAUUGGUUGAAGAACUCUUAAAUGAAAUAACAGAUGAUUAUGAAAUGAGUAUGAAAAGAUAUAUGGUUCGAAGCGUUCUUAUCAAGCCUGAAGUAAAAUUACUUGAAUAUGAAAAAGAAGGACCUUUGCCAGUUGAACCUGUCGGAUUAGACUUUUCUAGACCGUGGCAUAAAAGUUUUAUACAAGCAAGAAAACAGAUUUUUGAAAAUUUACAUAUUCUCCAUCCAACUUUAAGAAUUCUCCUUGAAAUUGGUUACAGAAUGUUUUCCAUGUUACUUAUAGUAGAUGUAUCUGGUUUCAGGUCAAGAGGCCCAAUAGAAUGUGAAUCCCUACAAAAUGAUGUGUCUAUAAAAUGCUUAAAAACAGAAGAAAAGAUAUUAAACACAUGGUAUCCAAAGGUUAUCAAUCUCUUUACCAGAAAAGAAGCACUGGAGGGAGUGAAACCUGAGCAAAUGGAUUCUUUCUAUAGCUGUGUGGCUACACUCAUGUCUAAUCAGCUGAAGGAGUUGUUAAAAAGAUCCGUUGAAGCUUAUGUGAAGUUGUUUGACUUAAAAGAUCAGAGAUGGCUACCAUUGUUCAGAAUGGAAUUGACUUUUGAUGAUGAGAAAAUGGACUUUUAUCCUAGCUUUCAUGAUCUGGAAGAAACCAUCUUAUGUAUUAUUACUUUGAUUUCACAAACUUUGCAGAAUGUCCAGACAAUACAUUCAUGGUUAGGAGGUACAAACAUAGUAACAACUAUUGACACUGAACUUCCUGACCAUGUUAUAGCAUGGGCUUCAUCUGUACUGAAGACAGCAAUCAAUGAGAAUUUGAAAGGUGCAAAAGCACAUUUUGAUUCUUAUGUGGAAAAAUAUGGCUGGCUUGUAGAUGGUGCUGCAGAUGACCGUAUUAAAACAUUUAUAGCUGAGGAACACAGUUUUGAUGAAUAUGCAGAGCUUAUAGAUGAAUUUUUAAAUCUUUCGACUGAAAUAAUGAGCUUGCCAAUGAUAGCUCACUUCUCUAUGGUGCGUUUAGAUUGUGAUGACUUGAAGCAAGGAUUAUGUGAAAAAGCAAAAAGUUUUGCAUAUAAAUUAUUGGAUUUAUUAGCUAACAAUCAUAGAGAAGAAAAUAACAAGAUAUGUAAUGAAUUUGAAACCAUUAAAGAACGUGCAUUAAAAGUUCCUGAGACAACAGAAGAAAUGAUGGAAAGUAUAGCCUUUAUAGACAAGGCUAAAACCAUAGGUAUCCAGAGGUUGUAUGAAAGGAUUAAGGAAUGCCAGCGACGAAUGAAUUAUCUUCUGGAUGUUUAUUUAUUUGAACCAGAAGACUUGACACUGAAUGCAACUGUUUUGUUGUGGCCUCAAAAUAUUAACCCUAUCUUUGAUGAAAAUGAUGAUAUUAUAGAAAUGUCUAAACGGAAGGGUGAAAGUGAAUUACUAGCCAAACGUGAGAAAUUGAUAAUGGAAGUAGAAAAGCAAAUUCGUCGUAUGCAAGAAUUCACAGAGUACUGUGAUUUGGACCGCAUGCAACAGUAUGUGACUGACAUGAGAACACUGCAAAAACGCAUACAAGAUGCUGAUGAAGCAGUUACUUUUAUUAAUAAAGAAGAGAAGCUUUUAAAUUGGGAGCUGACUGAAUAUCCAGAGUUGGAGACCUUAAAAGUUAACAUUGAGCCAUAUCAGAAACUUUUUGUUUUUAUAUUGAAGUGGCAGCGGACUGAGAAACGAUGGAUGGAUGGUGCUUUUCUAGAUCUCAAUGGAGAAAAGAUGGAAGGUGAAGUAGAUGAAUUUUUUCGAGAAAUUUAUAAGACAUUAAGAUUUUUUCAACAACAGCUAAAGAAAGCUGAAAUAGAAAGAAAAAAGUCACUGCGAAGAGCAGUAGUUGAAGAGAGAGUAGAGGAAGAAAAGAAGGACAAUCCAACUAUUUCAAUGUGUAAUUCUGUAAUGCAGCAGAUUAAAGAUUUCAAAGAAAAUAUCCCACUGGUGACUAUUCUUUGUAAUCCAGGCAUAAAAGCUCGUCAUUGGAAUCAGAUGUCAGAAAUUGUUGGAUAUGAUUUAACUCCAGAUUCUGGAAGUACCUUAAGAAAAGUGUUAAAGCAGAAUCUAACUCCUUACUUAGAGCAAUUUGAAGUCAUAAGUAUGGGAGCAAGUAAGGAAUUUUCACUAGAAAAAGCAAUGCAUAAUAUGAUGGAGACCUGGGAUUCAAUUUUCUUCCAAACUGGCUUAUAUCGUGAGACUGGAGUUAGUAUUCUGUCUGCUGUUGAUGAAAUCCAGACAAUUCUAGAUGAUCAGAUUGUAAAAACACAAACAAUGAGGGGAUCACCAUUCAUCAAGCCGUUUGAAAAACAAAUGAAGGAAUGGGAAGAACGCUUAAUCAGAAUUCAAGAGACUAUUGAUGAGUGGCUAAAAGUGCAAGCUCAGUGGCUUUACUUGGAACCAAUUUUUUCUUCAGAAGACAUUAUGCAACAAAUGCCAGAGGAAGGGCGCCAAUUCCAAACUGUGGAUAGAUAUUGGAGAGAUAUUAUGAAAUACUGUGUCAAAGAUCCCAAGGUUCUUGCUGCCACAUCAUUGACAGGGUUGUUGGAAAAACUUCAGAACUGUAAUGAUCUUCUUGACAAAAUCAUGAAAGGGUUGAAUGCCUAUCUUGAGAAGAAGCGUCUCUUCUUUCCCCGCUUUUUUUUCUUGUCUAAUGAUGAGAUGUUGGAGAUACUGUCAGAGACUAAAGACCCUCUCCGUGUCCAGCCUCACUUGAAAAAGUGUUUCGAGGGCAUUGCUAAACUUGAAUUUCGGCCAAACCUGGAUAUUAAGUCAAUGUAUAGCACUGAAGGUGAACGUGUGGAAUUUAUUUCAACUAUUUCAACUUCUGAAGCUCGGGGAGCUGUUGAAAAGUGGCUAAUACAAGUCGAAGAUAUUAUGUUGAGAAGUAUUCAUGACGUUAUUACAAGAUCAAGACUGGCAUAUCCAGAAAGCCCAAGAAAAGAAUGGGUGAGAGAAUGGCCUGGGCAGGUAGUUUUAUGCGUCUCACAAAUGUUCUGGACAAGUGAAGUUCAUGAAGCCAUAGCUAGUGGCCCAGAGGGCUUGCAGAAUUAUUACCAGGCUCUUCAAUAUCAGUUAAAUGAUAUUGUAGAGUUGGUAAGAGGGAAGUUGUCUAAACAAACACGGAUUACAUUGGGUGCUUUGGUCACUAUUGAUGUUCAUGCUAGAGAUGUCGUCAUGGAAAUGAUUGAAAGUGGUGUGUUAAAGGAGACAGAUUUUCAAUGGCUUGCUCAGUUGCGAUAUUACUGGGAGUAUGAUAAUGUACGUGUGCGCAUCAUCAAUUGCAAUGUAAAAUAUGCUUACGAAUAUCUUGGCAAUUCUCCUAGACUUGUUAUUACUCCUCUCACAGACAGAUGUUAUCGCACUCUGAUUGGAGCAUUUUAUUUAAAUCUUGGUGGUGCUCCAGAAGGUCCAGCUGGGACAGGUAAAACAGAGACCACCAAAGAUUUGGCUAAAGCUGUUGCGGUGCAAUGCGUGGUCUUCAACUGCUCUGAUGGCCUUGAUUAUCUAGCCAUGGGGAAGUUUUUUAAGGGUUUAGCUUCUUCAGGUGCUUGGGCCUGCUUUGAUGAAUUCAAUCGCAUUGAACUGGAGGUACUGUCUGUAGUAGCCCAGCAGAUUCUUUGCAUCCAGAGAGCUAUACAACAGAAGAUGGAGAUAUUUAAUUUUGAAGGAACUGAACUGAAGCUUAAUCCCAAUUGUUUUGUUGCUAUUACUAUGAAUCCAGGUUAUGCAGGUCGCUCUGAACUACCAGAUAAUCUGAAGGUUCUUUUCCGAACAGUUGCUAUGAUGGUUCCUAAUUAUGCCCUCAUUGCUGAAAUCUCUCUAUAUUCUUAUGGAUUUCUGAAUGCUAAACCAUUGUCUGUGAAGAUAGUGAUGACCUACAGAUUGUGCUCAGAACAACUUUCAUCUCAGUUUCAUUAUGACUAUGGAAUGCGUGCAGUCAAAGCAGUACUAAUAGCUGCUGGUAACUUAAAACUAAAAUUUCCAACAGAGAAUGAAGAUAUACUGCUCCUUCGAUCAAUCAAAGAUGUAAAUGAGCCUAAAUUUUUGUCUCAUGACAUACCUCUAUUUAUGGGAAUUACAAGUGAUUUAUUUCCUGGCAUUAAGCUUCCCGAAGCUGACUACACUGAUUUUCUGGAAUGUGCAAAUGAAUGUUGUAAAGGGCAUAAUGUCCAGCCUGUUAAAGUUUUUCUAGAAAAGAUGAUACAGACUUAUGAAAUGAUGAUAGUUAGACAUGGGUUUAUGCUUGUAGGAGAACCUUUUUCUGGCAAGACAAAAGUUCUGCAUGUAUUAGCAGAUACACUUUCCCUAAUGAACGAGCGUGGGUAUGGAGAAGAAGAAAAGGUAAUACACAGAACUGUCAAUCCAAAAGCUAUUACUAUGGGGCAACUCUUUGGACGAUUUGAUCCAGUAUCUCAUGAGUGGACAGAUGGCAUAGUGGCCAAUACUUUUCGAGAAUUUGCUUUAACUGAAACACCUGACCGCAAAUGGGUUGUUUUUGAUGGUCCUAUUGAUACUCUUUGGAUAGAAAGUAUGAACACUGUGUUGGAUGACAACAAAAAGCUAUGUUUGAUGAGUGGAGAAAUUAUUCAAAUGUCACCUCAGAUGAGCCUCAUCUUUGAGGCUAUGGAUCUAUCUCAGGCUUCCCCAGCUACAGUCAGUCGAUGUGGAAUGAUUUAUUUAGAGCCUUUGCAGUUGGGAUGGAAGCCACUUGUUACUUCAUGGUUGAACACACUUCCUGAGCCCCUGAAUGAAAAGGAAUUCCAAGACCUGUUCGAAGAACUUUUUGAUUGGUUAGUACCUCCUGCUUUGCGAGUUCGUUGGAAACAGUGCAAGGAGUUAGUUCCCACCAGCAAUAGCAAUAAUGUGGUUUCUCUCAUUCGGCUGUUGGAAAUGCUGUUGUGUCACAAAGCAAAAAAAGAUCCAAGCAAUAAAAAUAUUCAUAAAUGGGUUACGGGUUGUUUUGCUUUUGCUAUGAUUUGGUCUAUUGGAGCAACCUGUGAUAGUGAUGGACGGAUUAUAUUUGAUAACUUUAUGAGAGAUAUUGUCAUAGGAAAGUUGGAUGAACAUCCAAUACCAGCAUCCAUAGGAAAAUGGGAACAUCCAUUUGAAGAAAAAGGAUUGGUGUAUGAUUAUAUGUUUGAGUUAAAAGGAAAAGGCCGUUGGGCACAUUGGAAUGAAGCUGUUAAAAGUAUCAAUUAUAGUGAUAAAAGUAUUAAAGUUCAAGACAUUAUAGUUCCAACAAUGGACACAGUCAGAUAUACCUAUUUGAUGGAAUUAUGCAUUAAAUAUGGAAAGGCACUGCUUUUUGUGGGACCUACUGGUACUGGGAAGUCUGUAUAUGUAAAAGACAAGCUAAUGCACAACUUACAAAAGGAUCUCUAUUUCCCAUUCUUCCUUAACUUUUCAGCUCGAACCAGUGCCAAUCAGACCCAGAACAUUAUCAUGGCCAGGUUGGACAAAAGGCGGAAAGGAAUAUAUGGGCCACCUGUGGGAAAGAAAUGUAUAAUCUUUGUAGAUGAUAUGAAUAUGCCUGCACUGGAGCAAUAUGGAGCUCAGCCUCCAGUUGAACUUUUAAGACAGUUUUUUGAUCAUGGAAUCUGGUAUGAUUUAAAAGACACAAAUAAAAUUACACUGAUUGAUAUUCAGUUGAUGGCUGCCAUGGGUCCACCAGGUGGUGGAAGAAAUCCUGUAACACCUCGUUUCCUGAGACAUUUCAAUAUUUGCACCAUUAAUGCCUUUAGUGAUGAAACAAUGGUCCGGAUUUUUUCUACUGUUGUUUCUCUCUAUCUCAGAGUAAAUGAAUUUAUUCCAGAAUAUUUCACAAUUGGAAACCAGAUUGUCAGUGGCACUAUGGAGGUAUAUAAGAAAGCCAUGGCAAACCUAUUGCCAACCCCAGCCAAAUCCCAUUAUACGUUCAAUUUGCGAGAUUUUUCACGAGUUAUCCUAGGCUGCUUGCUUAUUAAGAAGGACUCGGUUGUCAACAAGCAUACAAUGAUUCGUCUUUUUGUACAUGAAGUAUUUCGAGUGUUUUAUGACCGGCUUGUGGAUGAUGCUGAUAGGGCUUGGGUGUUCAAACUCAUAAAAGAAAUUGUGAAAGAACAUUUCAAAGAAUCUUUUGAUGCAGUAUUUUCACACCUGAGACAAGGAAAUGCACCUAUAAGUGAAGAAGAUCUGAGAAAUCUGCUGUUUGGAGACUACAUGAAUCCUGACCUUGAAGGAGAAGAAAGAAUUUAUUAUGAAAUUCCAAGUAUACAAAUGUUCAAUGAUGUUGUGGAACUGUGUUUGGAUGAAUAUAAUCAAACUCACAAAACAAGAAUGAAUCUAGUAAUUUUUAGGUAUGUAUUGGAACAUUUGUCUCGUAUAUGCCGUGUGCUCAAGCAAUCUGGAGGUAAUGCUUUACUUGUUGGAAUGGGAGGAAGUGGACGACAAUCCAUGACACGAUUGGCUACAUCCAUGGCAAAAAUGAAUAUUUUCCAACCUGAAAUAUCCAAGAGCUAUGGAAUGAAUGAGUGGAGGGACGACCUAAAGAAUCUUCUGAGGAGCGCAGGUAUGAAGGGUUUGAAAACUGUAUUUUUGAUCACAGACACACAAAUCAAAGAAGAAGGAUUUUUAGAAGAUGUUGACAGUGUGCUUAAUACAGGAGAAGUACCCAAUCUUUUUGCAGCUGAUGAGAAACAGGAAGUUAUGGAGGGAGUUCGUGCUGUAGCCCAGGCAGGCCAUAAACAUGAAGAUCUUGGUCCAUUGGCCUUAUUUGCUUUCUUUGUCAACCGUUGCAAAGACAAUCUCCAUGUUGUAGUAGCUUUCAGUCCAAUUGGAGAUGCUUUUCGCAAUCGCUUGAGACAAUUUCCAUCUCUCAUCAACUGUUGUACUAUCGAUUGGUUCCAGCCAUGGCCUGAAGAUGCUCUUGAACGUGUAGCUGUUAAAUUCUUGGAAAAGCUUGAGCUCACAGAAAAUGAACGUACAGAAGUUGUUCCCAUCUGUAAAUAUUUCCAUACAUCUGUGUUAUCACUUUCUGAAAGAUUUUUGAACCAAUUGGGACGACAUAACUAUGUUACACCUACUUCCUACCUUGAACUUAUUGGUUCCUUCCAACUUCUUUUGUCACAGAAUCGUGAUACUAUCAUGAAGGCAAAAAAAAGAUAUACUAAUGGAUUAGACAAAUUAGCUUUUGCUGAAUCUCAGGUUGGUGAAAUGAAGAAAGAACUUGUUGAUUUGCAACCUAAAUUGGAGCAAGCAAAAGUGGAUAAUGCAGCCAUGAUGAAGAUCAUUGAGAAGGAAUCUGCUGAGGUUGAAGCAAAAAGCAAAACUGUAAAAGUAGAUGAGGAGCUUGCUACAGAAAAGGCCACGGAAGCUCAGGCACUGAAAAACGAAUGUGAGAGUGACCUUGCGGAAGCAAUUCCAGCACUAGAGGCAGCAUUGGCUGCACUUGACACCCUGAAGCCUGCAGAUAUUACAAUUGUAAAAUCAAUGAAGAAUCCACCUUCUGGAGUUAAACUGGUUAUGGCUGCCAUUUGUGUCAUGAAGGAUAUAAAACCAGAAAAAAUUGCUGAUCCUUCUGGAAUUGGAGGGAAGAUUUUAGACUAUUGGGGACCUAGCAAAAAACUUUUAGGUGAAAUGAAUUUCCUUAAAGAUCUGAGAGAAUAUGACAAAGAUAACAUUCCAGUAUCAGUGAUGCAGAAGAUUCGUUCAGAAUAUCUAACUAAUCCUGAAUUUGAUCCUCCCAAAGUGGCUAAAGCAUCUUCUGCAGCAGAAGGGUUAUGUAAAUGGAUUAUGGCAAUGGAGGUUUAUGACCGUGUAGCAAAGGUGGUUGCUCCUAAGAAAGCCCGCUUAGCAGAAGCCCAGCAGUCAUUAGCACAUACUAUGGCAUUAUUAAAUCAGAAGAGAGCCGAACUUAAAGCUGUUGAGGAUCGUUUGGAAGCAUUGCAAGAAACUUUUCUUGAGAAAACUGAAGAAAAAGCUCGCCUAGAGUUCCAAGUGGACCUGUGCGCUAAAAAGCUGGAAAGAGCAGAAAAGCUGAUUGGAGGACUUGGUGGAGAAAAAUCAAGAUGGUCUCAUGCUGCAGAUGACCUCCAGAACACUUACGAUAAUUUGACAGGAGAUGUUCUGAUAUCAGCAGGGGUGAUAGCUUACCUUGGUGCUUUUACUGCUGGAUUUCGACAAGAAUGUACUAAAGAGUGGAGCAAACUCUGCAAGGUGAAAAAUAUUCCAUGUUCUGAAAACUUCUCUCUAAGUAAGACCCUUGGCGAUCCAAUAAAAAUUAGAGCCUGGAAUAUUGCAGGUCUUCCAACAGAUCAGUUUUCCAUAGAUAAUGGUGUGAUUGUUGACAAUUCUAGACGUUGGCCAUUAAUGAUUGAUCCCCAAGGUCAAGCAAAUAAAUGGAUAAAACAUUCUGAGAAAGAGAACAGACUGAGCGUCAUAAAAUUUACUGAUUCAGACUACAUGAGAACUCUAGAAAAUUGCAUUCAGUUUGGUACUCCUCUUCUGCUUGAAAAUGUUGGAGAAGAUAUAGAUCCUUCCUUGGAACCUUUGCUACUUAGGCAAACUUUUAAACAAGGAGGCAUGGAUUGCAUUCGACUUGGUGAAACAAUAAUUGAAUAUUCUUUUGAUUUCAAAUUUUAUAUUACCACCAAAUUAAGGAAUCCGCAUUAUUUACCUGAAUUGGCAACAAAAGUUUCUUUGCUAAAUUUCAUGAUUACUCCAGAAGGACUAGAAGAUCAACUUUUAGGCAUAGUUGUUGCCAAGGAAAGGCCAGAAUUAGAGGAAGAACGAAAUGCUCUUAUCCUCCAAUCAGCUGCCAAUAAGAAACAACUAAAAGAUAUAGAAAAUAAAAUUUUAGAAACAUUGCAGUCUUCUGAAGGUAAUAUUUUAGAAGAUGAAAGUGCAAUUACCAUCUUGGAUUCAGCAAAAAUAAUGUCUAAUGAAAUUACAAAGAAGCAGCAGAUUGCAGAAAAAACUGAAAUUAAAAUAGCACAGUCUCGAGAAGGUUACAGACCCAUUGCAAAGCAUUCAUCUAUAUUGUUUUUUAGUAUUGCUGAUCUGGCUAAUAUAGACCCAAUGUAUCAAUAUUCUCUCAGUUGGUUUGUAAACCUUUAUAUCAACUCUAUUCAUGACAGCAACAAGUCUAAAAUUUUGGAAAAAAGGCUACGGUAUCUAAAUGACCAUUUCACAUACAACUUGUAUUGCAAUGUUUGUCGCUCCCUUUUUGAGAAGGAUAAGUUGCUGUUUUCAUUUUUACUCUGCUGUAAUCUUCUGAUGGCUAGGAAAGAAAUUGAACAUCAGGAGUUUAUGUUUUUAUUAACUGGAGGGGUUGGUCUCAAGAGCAAAUUCAAGAACCCUGAUCCAUCUUGGUUACAAGAUAAAAGCUGGGAUGAAAUAUGUCGUGCAAGUGAUAUGCCUGCUUUUAAAGGAUUACGGAAUCAUGUGACUUCACAAUCCAAUGAAUGGCGUAGCAUUUAUGAUAGUAAAGAACCCCAAACAGUUCCUUUACCUAUACCAUGGAAUACAGACUUAAAUGAAAUAAAGAAAAUGAUUAUUCUCCGAUGCUUGAGACCUGACAAGAUUACACCAGCUAUAACAACCUUUGUGACUGAUAAACUUGGAAAGAAAUUUGUUGAGCCACCUCCUUUUGAUCUAACAAAAAGUUACUUAGAUUCAAAUUCUUCAAUCCCUUUAAUCUUUGUGCUUUCUCCUGGAGCAGAUCCUAUGGCAAGUCUUUUAAAAUUUGCAAAUGACAAAAAUAUGGUUGGAAAUAAAUUUCAGUCCAUUUCUUUGGGACAAGGGCAAGGACCAAUAGCAACAAAAAUGAUUAGAGAAGGAAUGGAGGAAGGGACAUGGGUUUGUUUACAAAACUGCCAUCUCGCUGUUUCCUGGAUGCCAAUGCUAGAGAAAAUCUGUGAAGAGUUUAACAGUGAAACUUGCCAUUCCUCUUUCAGACUCUGGCUGACUAGUUAUCCAUCACCUAAGUUUCCAGUCACCAUCCUUCAGAAUGGUGUGAAGAUGACAAAUGAGCCUCCUACAGGCCUCCGGCUAAAUUUACUUCAGUCUUUCCUUUCUGAUCCGAUUUCUGAUGCAGACUUUUUUGCUGGGUGUCAUGGAAAGGAGCAGAGAUGGGAGAAGCUGCUGUUUGGAGUUUGCUUUUUUCACGCCCUAGUACAGGAGAGAAAAAAAUUUGGACCUCUGGGAUGGAAUAUUCCUUAUGGAUUUAAUGAAUCAGACUUGCGAAUCAGUGUCAGACAAUUGCAGCUGUUUAUAAAUGAGUAUGAACACAUCCCAUUUGAAGCAAUAACUUACCUUACGGGUGAGUGCAACUAUGGAGGAAGAGUGACAGAUGACUGGGACAGACGUCUACUACUGACUAUGCUUGCUGACUUUUACAAUACAGAUAUAGUGGAGAAUUCACAUUAUAAAUUUUCUCCCAGUGGCAACUAUUAUGCUCCCCCAAGGGGCACUUACGAUGAUUACAUUGAAUUUAUUAAGAAUCUUCCUGUUAGCCAGCAACCAGAAGUGUUUGGACUGCAUGAUAAUGUAGAUAUAUCAAAGGAUCUCCAGCAAACCAAAAUCAUUUUUGAAUCUCUUCUGUUGACACAAGGUGGAAGCAAUCAAGGAGGGUCUAAAAGUGGUGGUGACAGCACUUUAUAUGAAAUUGCAGAUGACAUCCUUAACAAGCUUCCAAAAGAUUAUGAUAUUGAGGCAGCACUUAUUAAAUAUCCUGUGAGAUAUGAAGAAAGUAUGAAUACUGUUCUGGUGCAAGAAAUGGAACGUUUUAACAAUUUAAUAAGAACCAUACGCACAACUCUGGUAAAUUUGAAGAAAGCGAUUAAAGGAUUGGUUGUGAUGGAUUCUGAAUUAGAAGCCCUUUGCGCCAGUCUUCUUAUUGGGAAGGUUGCAGAAAACUGGGCUAAACGUUCAUACCCAAGUCUGAAACCACUGGGAAGCUAUAUUCUAGAUUUUCUAGCUAGACUGAAAUUCUUACAGGACUGGUAUGACUCUGGAAAACCGUGUGUGUUUUGGCUCUCGGGAUUCUUUUUCACACAAGCAUUUUUAACUGGAGGGAUGCAGAAUUAUGCCAGGAAGUACACUAUUCCUAUUGAUCUCCUGGGAUAUGAGUUUCAGGUUAUUCCAAGGGAUACUUCAACUACUGCUCCAGAAGAUGGUGUUUACAUCAAUGGGCUAUUUUUAGAUGGAGCUCGCUGGGAUAGAGCAAAAGGGCUCCUAGGUGAACAACAUCCCAAAAUUCUCUUUGACAUAAUGCCCAUUAUUUGGAUAAAACCAGCCAAAACAUCAGAGCUCAAGAAAUCAAAUGCAUAUGUGUGUCCGCUGUACAAGACAAGUGAACGCAAAGGAGUCCUUUCAACAACUGGGCAUUCAACUAACUUUGUCAUUGCAAUGAAGUUGUUAACCGACCAGCCAGUCCAGCAUUGGAUCAAGCGAGGAGUUGCUCUACUUUGUCAGCUGGAUGAUUAAUUAUAUAGAACUCAAACCAGAUGAGACUAAUUACUCCAUAUUCAUAUCUUUCCCUAGAAUAAAGGACUUUCUAAAUAUUUUGAUCAUUUAGACUUUCUGGUAACAAUAUUUUACAAUAAACUGAACCCAU